AUGAACCACUUAAACUCCCGCCGCGUCCAUUUUGAUAUACCGAUGGACGAUGAGUCUGAAUCUCAAGUGCCCUCAUCUAACGCUGGCGACAAAUCGAACAUGAUGUAUUUUGGGAUUGGGCCUCCGCCAGUGCUUCCAGGUACUGACACACCGGCUGGGCCGGCUGCACCGCCAUACCAGCUGAACUUCAGAUUUGAACCUGAGCAACCGACCUCACCAGUCAUGCAACCGCUGUUCAACUUUGGGUUUCAUGCUGACACAGAGUUGUCACCGUCUCAUCCAGCGGCAGCUCCUAGAGCUGACAUGGCAGUUGUGCCGUCGACACCACCCUACCGGCUCAACUUUGGGUUUGACCCUCAUGAGUCAACACUGCCAGCCCUUCAACCGGCAUUCAACUUUGGGUUUGACGCCGGCAUGGAGAUCUCGCCCACACCUCCUCGAGCAGGUUCAUCCUUUUUAGAUUUCGGCUGGAACACAUCUGUCACAAGAGAUGUUCCAGUCACACCGGUAACCAAACCAUUCAAUUUUGGAAUGGAUUUGGAUCUUACUCCACAAUGGUCAGCGACACCACCCGCCAUCCUCACUCCCCCGCCACCAACGCCAAGACCAGCAUUCAACUUUGGUUGGAAUCUAUCGCCGACACCAUCGCCGGGUCCACCACUUCAUGUCGGAUAUGAUAUCACGAAUACACCAUUCCAGUUCAAUUGUCAAGUUCCUCCGGCAAAGGUAGGAGUUUGGCAACCAGUUCUGGUGAAGGAGGCCGUCCCUACUCACACGCCGCCCGCUUCUCAUUUGAAUAUGGCGUACACCCCAAAGGCACUGCCAAAUGUGGAGUUUGCUGUCCCGAAGAAAAGUAUGCUGAGCAGUAGUUCCGACACAUUUGAACCUCGGCCCUCCUUUCUGAGCGUGGUCGGCGAUGCUGAGCAGGUGGUGAGGAACAUUGUGGAAUGGCUCCAAGGCGAUGAAUUCGAUAAACUGGCGCAGUUGAUGCUGGGCAGCAUUGUAAACCCCACCGAUGAUGUCCGGGACCCCAAGCCCACCAAAGUCCUGGACAGCAACUGGGUCAUAUUGUCAGUGUUCUGUGAGAGCAGGGAUAAGUUGACUCAGAUCUUUGAAGAUUUGAUCCACUUGCAUCACAUGGCGGCGGUGCAGGCCAGAGUUGUUCCAAUGGUGGCCUCUCUCUCAACACAGGUGCAGAAAGUGGAGGGAAAGUCUCGAGGUACUGAGUAG